UUCACCAAUUUGUUGUCUAUUAAUACAUGACUAAUAUCGAUCUUUUAUCUUAAAAAGUCUCUUAUUUUUACUUUGUAACACAAAGAUCUCUCAAUAAUACCCCCCACCCCCUUUUGUCUUACUUCACUUGCAAAUAUUUAAGUGCACACUGCAGUGCUAAGUUCUAUAUCAAUCCCUUACUCAUCAGCCCCUCACACACUUACUCUAGUGGGAGGAAUAAUUCCCCAGCUCAAAUUUAUCUCUCCAUAUAUACCAAAACUUUAUAUUAAAUCAGCAUUAAUUUUCUGUCUAUAGUUUUUUGCAUUAAUCGGAAAAUAUGGAUGUCUACGGACGGUCAACAUCGGAAGUGUUUUGGAUUGAUGAUCUUCUUGAUUUCUCCAACGAAGAGAUCUUUUCCUCCUCUAAAACUACAGUCAACUUUGACCUCAAUCACCAUUACCAACCACCUUCAACCGACAACGUAGCUGCCGCAGCUAGUUAUUACGAUUCUCUUCCCAAUUCCGUCGACUUUACUGACAAACUCUGCGUUCCGAGUAAUGAUGUAGCGGAGUUGGAGUGGCUAUCGAAUUUCGUGGAAGACUCAUCCAAUAAUUUCCCUUCAAACUCCUUAACACAAAACAUGUACCUCAAUAAUUCAAAUAAUACUAGUACUGCUACUACUACAAUAUUGCAUAGCAAAUCAAGAAGCAAACGUUCACGUAAUUCAAACACUAGCUGGAGUAGUACGAAUUCCUCACUCCAACAACACAAGUCCAUCCACCAAAUCUCGAAUCAAGAUGAAAGUUCAGUUAAUUAUACUAGAGACAAAUUUCCAUCAUCUUCAAAGUCAGAGAUUAUUAUACCGAGAAAAUGCACCCAUUGUGCAUCAGAGAAAACUCCGCAGUGGCGAACAGGCCCAUUGGGACCAAAAACACUGUGUAAUGCUUGUGGUGUUCGGUACAAAUCGGGCCGGUUGGUACCCGAAUAUCGUCCGGCAGCAAGUCCAACUUUCGUGUUGACACAGCAUUCGAAUUCUCACCGGAAAGUAAUGGAACUCCGGCGACAGAAAGAGGUUCUUGAUCAACAGCAGCAGGGAAUGUAUGGACAUCACUAUCAGGUCUGCUGAUGUCAUUGUAUGCCACGUGUCACCAUCAUCAAGCUAAACUGGAUGCUUCUUUUUUUUUUUUCCUUCCUAAAAGACCUUUAUUGUCUUUUGAAUAUUUUCUUUUGUUACCUUUGAGACUAUGAGCCCGUUUGGAUGGGCUUAAAAAAAAUAACUUUUAUGUAUGAAGUGCUUUUAGAACUUUAAAGUGCUGAAAGUUAUUUUUAUAAAUAAGCAGUUGAGUGUUUGGAUAAAAGUGCUUAAAUGAUGAAAAUUAUGUGAAUUUUAGGGUUAAAAGAAUAAAAAGGGUAGUUUGGGAAUUUAGUUAAAAUAUAAGGGAUAUAAAAGUAAUUUCCAUGGUCAAAGAAAAUGACUUUAAGCACUUAGGAAAAAAAAAGUUAGGAAUCCUAACUUUUCAUUUUUGACUGACUUUAAGAACUUUCUGGCUUAAAGUUAGCAUUAGGCAAACACGUCCAAAAGCUGAAAAGGGGCUUUAAGUUGGUUUUGACCAACUUAAAGCCAAUCCA